AUGAGGGCUGUAAUCAUUUCAAUAGAACAUAAUUCAAAUAUAUUAGGAGAAAGUAAUCCAAUUAAAAUCGAAGCUGGUAUCAAAGAACCAACACCAAUAUACGAUGUUAAUUUUUCAAUUAAAAUUCCAGUACUUUUGAACGAUCGAAAUAGCAUUGAUCUUAUCGUUUCCAUUCCAAUUUUAAUUAAUUUAUCGUACGUCAAACAAGAUGGAAAUGUUACAACUAAUGUUUUGAAUACAGAAAGAAAGAAAAAGGAAUUAACGAAAUCAUCUAAAACUGUUAUUGGAUUAUGCAACGUCGAUCUAAUGCCAAUUUUAUUAGGAGAGAAUUUAUUUACUGAAAAAUUAAUAUUGGAAACGAUGGAAUUUAAAUUUGAUGGUACUUCUUCGUCAUGGCCUAAUCUUCCAUAUUUAACAAUCAAAGUUAAACAACAAGAUGAAGAACAAUUCUUUCCUUCUGAUUUAAAAUAUAAUUUUGUAAACAUCACUGUAGAAAGUAUUUUUAAUCCACCAUCAUGGUUCACUGAUAAUCUCGUUUACAAAGCUGGCACUAUUAUUUAUGGUGAAGAAAACGAAGAAACGAAAAGGAUAAUACACGAUGGUGGUAAAUUGAUGAAUAAUCGAGAUAUAUGUAAAACAAAAUGUUGGAAUUGUUUGUUUCAUUUGCAAAGUCGUGCUAAAUUAUCAAAAUAUAAAAUUGAUUAUAAUUACAAUGAUGUAAAAAAUACUCUGGAUAAGGAACUUAAAUUACAGAACAUAGUUGAGAAUGAUGUAACAAGAAUUGAAUGGAAUUCUAUGAGUCGUCACAUUUUGUUCAAAGAUUCUAUUGAAAAAUUACGAAAUCAAUAUCAAUGUUACGUUGAUUUAAGCGAAUUAUUAUUUCCUGGAAGAAGAAAAACACGUAUUGCAUCGCAAUUGUAUACCUACAAUCCCAUAGAACUUAUGGAAAAAACUGGAUAUGAUAAAAAUAUUUUUUUAAUAGAUAAUAAUCAAACUAAAGAACCUAAAGAAAAAGAUAAACGUGGAAAAACUUCGACGAAAGAUACGUCAGUAGUAUCAGAAGCAGAAACAUUAACGGGUGAACCAGUAAUCACAAAAAACAAUGAACCAGUUUUUGUAAUAAUCGAAAUUGAAUUUAAUUGUCCCCUUGUUCCAUGUCGAUUAGCUAAAGAUUUUUCUAAUUUGAUUGAUGAAUUGAUAACACCGACAGAUAAGAAACCAUAUUAUCCAUAUUCCAUAAACGUUGUUGAAGAUCAAUAUGCAAAAUGUAUUGAAACAUUAUUUCAUGUUUUAACGGAAAGUUAUAGAGACGAGUUAACAUGUUUCGUUCAAUAUUUAUAUAAAACGGGAGUUUAUUUAUCCAUACGUAAUGCAUUGAAGACUAAAGUUAUUUUACUUUUAGAUCACAAAUUUCAAAUGCCAUCGUAUACUUUAGAUUCUUGCGAAGAACAGGAUUCGUCAAUGAUAUCUGAUUCAAAUCGAUUAUAUUUCUAUGCUGAAGAAGCUUAUGAAUUAGGCAACAUCGAUGAAGCUAGAAAAUAUUAUACUACUAUUAUCGAUCAAAUGAAAAAUAAUUCUGACGCGUGGAUCAAUUAUGCGAUAUUUUUAUUAAAAAUUGAAGAUACAGAACGUGCCGAGGAAUGUUGCCGUGAAGCUAUUUGUUUGAAUAAUCGUCACAAAAUAUCAUUAUUAGUUUAUGGAGCUAUUUUAAUGAAAAAAAGACUUUACCGAGAAGCAGAAAUAUUUUUUCGAAGUAUUACCAAUUUUUAUCCAAGAUUUGUCGAAGGAUGGAUGAUCUUACAUUUAUUUUACAUUCGUACCGAUUAUUAUUCAGGAAUAGAUGUCACGUUUCGAAUAGCCAAGGAAUGCAUGAAAGAUAAAGAUCAAGAUAUAUCAAUCAAUAAUCAAGAACCAUUUGCAUGGUCAAUGAUUCAUUGUCCACGAGAUAGCAUAUACACGAUGACAAUAACGUUUUUGCUUAAAUUGCAUCUCUAUGAUUUGGCAGGUAUUGCAUUAGCAGAAGAAAUGUCAUUAACUGGUAGAUCGACGCAUUUAUUAUAUUAUAUGGCAGUGGAACAUUAUCUCUUACACAGAUACGAAGAUGCAUUAUCUCAUUUAAAGGAAGCUCAAUGUCAAUAUGGAUUGGAUUACUCGAUAAGUUGUUUAAUGGGACAUUGUUAUUUUAAACAUGGUGAUUUGAAAGAAGCUAUAAAUUAUUAUGAAUUUGCUAAUAUGGUUUUUGACAGACCAGAUGAUAUUUAUCUUAUGCAAUUAAGAAUGGGAUUGUGUUAUGAAAGACAAAAGGAUUAUGAAAAAGCUAAUAAAGUAUUGUUAAAUGCUUGCCAAUCUUCACCAACGUCUAUCAGUUGGUUUCAUCUUGGAAUUUCUUUUUAUAAAUUGAAUCAAUUAAAAGAAGCCGAAUUAGCUUUGAUAGAAGCAAACAAGAUUGAUAAUUGCAACGCUGACAUUUGGGGAUAUUUAUGUUUGUUGAAUCUUUCUCUGAAAAGAUAUGACGAAUUUAUUUUAUGUUACAGACAAGCUAUCAAGUAUAAUCUUAAAAAUAAUGAAUUGUUGAAAGAAAUAAGAGAAUUUAUGAAAUUGUUGAAUUAUGAAGUCGAAGUUUUGCAAGUUAAAUAAAAUGAGAUGAAAGUAUGAAAUAGUCAAAAUUACAAAAAUUAGA